AUGAGCUACUACUACUCGUCUGCCUCCGAGGAGGACGGCAGCUCUCAGUACCUGGGCAGUCCCAACUAUAACCUCAGCCAGCUGCCCGUUUCUUCGCAGGAUUACGGACAGUCGGCUUUCCUAUCACCGGAAUGGCAAUUCCUAGAUGCCGCAGGAGGAACUCAAACGGAACAGGCACCCAUCCUGGAAGUACCAGGCAAACCAACUCAACAGCAGACUCACAAACGGCGUAGUAACAGCUCCACGGGAUCGGAUGGAAGGAAGAGCAGUCUGGAGCAGACCAAUCUCAGUCCCACUGUCCAGAAGAAAAGACGACAGGCUGCCAAUGCCCGGGAAAGAAAACGCAUGAAUGGAUUAAAUGAGGCCUUCGAUCGGCUGAGGGAAGUGGUGCCCGCUCCCUCCAUUGACCAGAAACUGUCCAAGUUCGAGACCCUCCAGAUGGCCCAGUCCUAUAUCCUUGCGCUAUGCGAUCUCCUCAACAACGGCGAUGUGGAGGUGGAUGCCGCCGCCUACACAAUCUUCGGCGGUAGCGAAGGCAGCUUCGGGUUGAGCGGAGGAUCCUUAUCAUAGAUGGAUACUGCAAAUCAUUCUCUCCUAGAUUUAAGCUAUGUGAUUUCUUCUUACUGUAGAAUAGGCUAAAGAUACAAAAGAAAUAAAUGAUAUACGAAAGCAUUUAAUGACAUGACCGCUGAUGGUAUACCCGGGACCUUUAAUAUUUAGUUUGGGUUGCAUUUCAUAUGGCAUGGUACAUA